CGUAACACAAGCACUGAAAGGAAGUCUGGCCUGCUCUUCGUACACACCGUCAGAGACGUGUUGCAAUUUCCUGUCAUUUACUAGCAAUCCCAAAUCACUGUCCGAAUGACUGUUGAGAGCAGAUGGAGGAUUUCUGUCUUAUCGACUUUUGUAUGGUUUUAUGAGAUAAGAGCAGAGUUUCCUAAAAGCGUCGCAACACAAAGGUCAUGGCUUAAUGGUUUGCUGGUGAAGCGGGCAUCGCAUCGAGCGCUCUCUCUCUCUCUCUCUCUCUCUCUCUCUCUUUACCGGUUAAAUAAUGACUUGUUUUACAAUGUGUUUUUGGAAACUAGAACCAGGCUUAUAAAAGUCUCAUUACUCUCUCGGCUCCUUGUUUAUCUCAGUAUUGGCGUCUUUGAAAGAUCUAUGAGCGUUCCCAGUGUGCUGUGCAUCCUGAACAACUUCACUAUGAGGUCUUGUGUGUGUCACGGCAAGCGCUGAUAUGGUGAACGCUUCUGUUUCCAUUAUGGCAGAGGUCUCUAGUGUCAGUGUCUUUGGAAACGUCAGAGGUAAAACUGCAGCUUGUGAGAACAUGAACGAACUUGUUGUUUCAGACAUUAUGCAAUGUUAAAUCAUCACUGCUCCCUAUUUAGGGUUCUCAAACAGAUUGGAAUUGACCUAAACCUUUCCUACUCCCUGGAUAGGGUGUUUUUGAGGUUUGGGAUUGAUCCACAUGAUUUCUGCUCUAUGUGUAGAGUUUUUCUGCAGUUUGGGAUUCUUAUUCCCUUUGGUAGGGUGCUUUUGCAAUUUGGGAUGAACCCAAAUCUUUUAUAUUUCAUAUUUAGGGUGCAUCAAAAUUUUGGGAGUAAUUUAAAUUGUUCUUGCUCCCUGUAUAGGGUGCAUCUGUAAAUUGGGAUUUGACCCUAAACCCUUUUAACUCCCUGUGUACUUUUGUAGUUGGGGGUUGUCUAAUCUUUUAUACUAUCACUGAAGAAUGCGUCAGCAGUUUGGGAUUGAUCUCAAUCUUUCUCAAUCACUGUUUAGGGUGCUUCCGCAUUCUGUGAUUGCUCUUAAUCGCUCAUACUACUACAGGGUGCUUUUGUGGUUUGGGAUUGAUCCAAACUUUUCCUGGUCUCUGUGUAGGUAGAUUUUGGCAGGUGGGUUGAUGUCAACCUUUCCUAUUCCAUGUGUAAGAUAAAUCCCAAAUACGUCAUUUGGGAUUGAUCUCAAUCUUUCUACUCCCUGUUUAGGGUGCUUCUGCAGUUUGUGAUUGCUCCUAAUCUUUCAUACUACUGCUGAGGGGUGUUUCUGUGGUUUGGGAUUGAUCCACACCUUUACUAUUCACUAUGUAGGGCGCUUCUGUCUUCGUCAGGUGUUUCUGUGGUUUGGGAUUGAUCCACACCUUUACUAUUCACUAUGUAGGGCGCUUCUGUCUUUGUCAGGUGUUUCUGUGGUUUGGGAUUGAUCCAAUCAUUCUUACUGGUUUUGUAGGACGCACCUGCAUUUGGGGAUUGAGCAAAAUCGUGACUUUUCUUUGGUUAGGGUGUGUCUGCAGUUUGAGAUUCAUCCAGAUCCUUCUCCUCGCCCUGUUUAGGGGUGCUUCUGCGGUUUGGGAUUGAUCUAUACCGUUCUUUCUCCAUGUGUAGCAGUUUGGGUUCGAUCUUCGCCGGCAAGACAAACGCCAUGCCACCUGUCAUGUUUCAGGACUUGCCUCUCAACAUCUACAUGGUGAUCUUUGGGACAGGCAUCUUCGUCUUUGUCCUCAGCCUCAUAUUCUGUUGCUACUUUAUAAGUAAGCUGAGACACCAGGCACAAAGCGAGAGGUUUGGAUAUAAAGAGGUUAUCCUGAAAGGAGACCCGAAGAAGCUGAAUCUCCAUGGGCAGACGUGUGCCGUGUGCCUGGAGGAUUUCAAGGUGAAGGACGAACUAGGAGUCCUGCCGUGCCAACAUGCCUUCCACAGGAGGUGUGUGGUGAAGUGGUUGGAGGUGCGGUGCGUGUGCCCCAUGUGUAACAAGGCCCUGGGUGGAGGACCGGAGCAGCACCACAGCAUAGGCACGCUGCUGGAUGAGCUCGUCUAAAGGACAUGGAAAUGGCUCGAGUGCGAAGGGACGCUUUAAAUUUCACACUCGAAUCUGAAAUCUCUCUGAAACCACUCUGGUUGACGCAGGCCUUGUCUCAGACAAACUAGAACUCUGAGGAGAAACAUGGCCGAAGAAGAAGGAAGCUGAGAUGAUCCACGCACAUUCCAGCGAUGCGCCGAACACUGCCGUAUAACUGAACACUGCCACCGAAGAGACCCAGACAGUUCUACACAAUGCUGCAUGUGUGUGGGUGACUCUGCCUGCGUGUGUGUAUUUUAUCACUGUCUUUAGCUACAUUCGCACAAACUGUCAUUCUGAAACACCAGCACGGAUUCAUGUUUUUUAAAAUAAUGUUCAAAAGUGCUUAUAGACUUGUAAAAAUAUGAUUCCAAAAAAUGGAUUUAACUGGUUUUUCUCUUCUCAGGCUUUGGUUUACAGUUUUCAGGGCCAGGAAUUAGCUGAAACCUGAGUUACACCAAAGCUUUCCCUCUUUCCUCCUAAAAGGCUAUCCAUCAGUUUUAUAUGGUUGCAAAAGAAAAAAUGGCGCAUCGCAAAUUUUUUUAAAGAUGGAAAAAGGCACUAUAAAUUGCAUACUGCCUCCUUAAAAUUGUUCUAGAUUCUACAGAUUUGCAAGUGUAAAAAAUAUUUAUUUUAGAGGGGAUGUGAACAUACGAUACAGUCGAGGCCAAACAUUUUUUGGGGGGGUCAUUUGGACUCUGUACACCACCACCUUGAAUUCGUUCCAUUAUGAGUAUGCGUGUUUAUGAAAAAUGGCUGUAAUUCUUCAAUGGUUAAUGGUUUGCUUUUGUUAAACCCCUUAAAUUAAAGUUAAAAGUCUUGACUUCACUCACACCUUAGAUCAUUUUUUAAUUUUACAUUCUAUUUGGUGGCUUAAAGAGGGCAAAGGCCCCCCAAAAAUUUCAUGGACCUGACUGUAUAUAUACAUGAAAUAUGGCCACUGAACACAAAAUAGCUAAAUUGUUAGCCUAACUUAUUAGCUACAUUAAGCUUACAUGUCAGUGGCCGUAUUUCCCAUAGUCUGCGUACCAUUAACUUCAUUUAGGUGUAAACAGGAUAAAACAAUUGCAUACUGCUUAUUAUUACUGCUUAUUUCAUUUUUGACAGAUAACCACUUUUAUUGCUUGCUUUCUUACAAGGCAGAGAAGAAGAUAUUUUACAGAAUACAAACACAUUAUAUAUAAAAUCUGGUCCCUGAGCAUUAACCAGAACUACAGUAGCUAAUAAAUUAUGCUAAUAUUAGCCACUAAACACAUAGGUGGGGAGUAUUUUAUAGCAGAAAGAAGACAAACCAAUUGGAAAUAUUAACAUUUACCUCAGAUGUGCUGGUUAAUUAGGAAGAAAAGUCUUUGUAAGACCAAAAUUACACUUUUAAUUAGAUUUAGCAUUGACCGCUAACCAAACCAAGUUGUACUGAGAAACUCCUGAACUGGAAGAUGUUAGUGAUGAUUUAAAAUAUUUAAAUAGUGUGUUGUGUAUAUAAACUUUUCCUGAAAAUACAAUAAAAACACAAACUCCAUUUUGACACAGAGCCCUUUUGCGUAGGCAAGGUUGUUGCUAGGCAACUUGAAAACGAGACCCUUAAAAUAAACUACUGUAGCUAGUUAUAGAGGCUAGCUAGCAGAUUCAGUUAGCUAAAAGCUCUUUUUUUUAUGGAUAAUCUUAAGGCAAAGUGACAGCAGAAAUCAAAGCAGUCAGGAAAAUCAACAUUUCUCAAAUAUGUUUAUAGAUUAAUAAUAAAAGACUUUAUCUAGCUAAAAUAAUAAAAACAUUGUCAUUAUUAAAAUCUGAUAAAAUCUUUGCAAGUAAAAAGGAUCCGGAAUAAACCUCAACAUAGUCAUGUUUAGCAAGUAUUUCCUGUUUUAUGAUUACAAUACACUAAAUAAUAAGGUUAAAGAAGUUAUUUGUAGUAAGUAAUUUCAAGACAUUUCUAAACACUAGUUUCUACAAAGAGAAACGAUUAGUUAGAAUUAGAAAACUUGAAAUUUGCUGAAUAAUAUUAUUAUUUUUGAUUUAUAAGCAGGAAUAUUA